AUGCCGCCCUACCUCACGCUCCGCUUCCCCCAGUACCCCCAGUGGACGGCGGUGGUGGCCAAGUUCACCCUGGUGCCUUCGUCAGUGCUUGAACAGGCUACCCAACGCGUGUUUGCUGGAGAAACCACCCUCGGCGUGCUCAACACCACUCUCCUUGUGCUGACCCGCCAGCUCGAGUACGCCAUCUACAAGACCGUCCAGAACGAAGAGUUUGGCACCCGCAAGGCCAAGACGUUAGCCACCGAGAUAUUCGCCAAUUUGCUGCCGGAUAAGAACAUUGGCGAGGCCCUCCGCCGGUUUGGUCUCAACACCGAUUGCGAUCAAGUGGUGACGGUGGCGCUUGUACGCGAAGGCGACAGUGUUGACGACCAGUACCAGAAGAUGGCAGAGCUAUUAGGAGGCCUACAACCAGUGGAGAUUGUUGAGUCGGAGUGGUGGAGCCACGCUGACAUGAAGAAAGUGAGAAAAGUGUAUAAACUCAACGACGCGGUGGGGCUAGAUUACGACGACCAGAAGAAGGUCACCGACUUGGUCAUUGGCGCCUGUAUCAUGCGCACGGCGUAG